GGCCGACUGACCGCCCGCUCUCCGCACCGACCAGGUGUCCGUAUUUGGGCCAACAUGUCGCGGCAUGGCUGAUCUGCUCAGCUACGGAGAGGAAGACAUCAGCCGCCUGUUCCCCAAGUGCCGCGGCCAGCUGUCGCCCGGAGGCCAUGUGAGCAGCCGCGACCUGAUCGACCUCAGCGAACCGCCCGCCGACGCAUCCGCGCCCGGCGCCGCACUCUUCCCCGGACCCGCGCCCGGAGCCGGAGCCGCCGCCGGAGUCAUGGACGAGGUGGUGCGCCGGGGCUCGUGCGAGCCGCCCGGUGACGCCGACUCCGACUCGAGCUCCGGCCGGCCGAGCGCGGCGCGCGACUCGCGCAUCGAGCUGGCCGGCGGUCGAGAGCUGUUCUGCCAGAGCCGCAGCCGGCCCGGCAAGCGGCGGCCGCAGCCGGGCGCGCGCGCCGAGCGCCGACUGCCGGCCGAGCCGCCGCCGCCGCCGGCCGAGGCCACCAACUCGCUGCACCUGGCCAUCCUCGGCUUCCAGCCCAUCCGCGAGACGACGCUGGGCGGCUCGGUCGGCAUGGCCGGCGACGGGUUCGACGUGGGCGACACGCCGGUGGACGGCCGCGCCGGCAUCGGCGAGGUGAGCUGCGCGCCGCCGGCGCCCGCCGUGCCCUCCGUGGCCGUCACCCGGCAGACCAACGGCCGCGCCGCGCCGGAGGAGGCGCCGCGCCCGCCCGACACCCAGCGGCUGAUCGGCUCCGUGCCGAUCGCCGACUACGAGGGCUCGCCGCGCCGGUACGGACCCAAGCCGGCGGUGGUGCGGCCCGCCGGCCGGCCCGGCUUCCCGCAGCGCGUGUGGCAGGAGUCGCCGGCGCCGCCGCGCGAGCCGGCCCAGGAGCCGCGCUGGCCCGACAGACAGGUGGUGGAGCAGGCCGAGCCGACCGGACAGUACUUUUGGCCGGCCGAGGUGCGCGAAAUGACUCAGAGUGCGCCGGUGCCCGGUGACUUUUCGUUGGCCGAUCUGGCGCCGCCGCUGGCGGAGCUCGCCUCUGGGGACUCUGUGCCAGUGCCGCCGGCCGCCGCGCCCGUCACGCCGGUCUCGGUGGCGGCGGCGCCGACCGCGGUGCUAUCGGGUGUCGCGGCGGCGCCGGACCGGCCUGCCGAGCUGGCGGCGCGGCCGGCCGUCGCCCAGUCGGGCUCUGAGUGUGCCGGGACCAGUGCGGAGCGGAGCAGUGUGGAGCGGGCGCCGCCGGCCGCCGCCGAGCCCAGCCGGAACUUCACGCUGUCGCCGGAGACGACCGAGUGUGACUCCGGCGAGGUGGAGUCUGAGCUGUCCGAGGGCAGCCUGCCGUCCAGCGGCCGGCUCUGCCCGGCCAUGCCGGUGCUGGAGGACGGCCUGUCGGACGGCGAGAGGACUGACGGGGAGGAGGACGCUCCCCCGCCGCCGGCCCCGCCGCCGGUGAUGGCGCCGGCGGACGCUACUGCGGCGCUGAUCCGGCACCACCUGAGCCAGCUGGAGGGGGAGCGGAGACAGCCGGCAGCUCCUCCUCCGCUGCCGCCGGGAGUGACGCCCGAGGAGGGCCGCGUGGCGAACAACAUCACCCCGACCCGCCACAGGGAGGUGGAGUCGUAUCUCAGCCAGCAGCAGCAGCAGCGGCUGAUGCACCAGGAGCAGCAGCAACUCCAGCUGCAGCUGCAGCAGCAACAGGAGCAGCUGCAGCACCAGCAUCAGCAGCAGCUUCAGCUACAGCAGCAACAGGAGCAGCAGCAGCAACAGAAACUACUCCAGGAACACCUACAAAAGCAGCAGCAAUAUCACAUCCAGCAGCAGCAGUUGAAACAUCAGCAGCUACAGCAACAGCAGUACCAACUUCAGCAGCAGCAGCUGCAACAGCAGCAAAUGCAACAGCAGCAAAUGCAACUGCACCAGCCGCCGCCUCCGCCGCCGGCGGUGCCGCAGCCACCACCGCAGCCGCCGCCCCAGCAGCAGCACUUCAGGACGCGAUACGGCAACGGGGACUUGGAUCUGCGCUCACUGGAUCCUUUGGGCACCUCCACGCCGCCGCCUCCCCCUCCGCCGGCGCCCGGCUCACCACCUCCACCGCCACCUCCGCCGCCAUCCUCUGGCUCGGGCCGCUCGCCGACGCCGCCUGGCGGCCACCAGGGGGCGGGCCGGCACCGGGGUCCGGCCAGCCCGCCGCCCUCCGACACGGUGCAGGCGGCCAUCCAGGACAUCCGACAGGCUAUCCGGCGGACCCGCACCCUGCCGCAGCGCAGCUCGCCGCCCGAGGAGGACGGCGGCCGGCCGGCGCGGCCCGUCUGGGUUCCCAGACGGACGUCCGGCUACCAGAAGGUGUCGACAGAUUGCGACGACCCGGCGGCCGGCACCCGACACGACAUCGGUGAGUGGCGGCUCGGUCACUGA